UAAUGGGAGGCCAUCGCUGGCCUACCCCACUACUCUGUCAUGCUUAUUCAUAUUCUCGACUAUCCUCAUGGGCGUCGUGGUGCGGACUGUCAUGCUGCGGACGAGCACGUGUGUGCCGUACAGGGUCAUCAUGUUCGCGAUAGGUGGCGUGGCGGGCCUCUGUGCCGGCAAGUACCCGGGGUUCAAGCCCCUGGUCGAGGUAUGCUACACGGACGUCGACGUUCUGCUGCUAAUGUUCCUACCGAUAUACGUAUUCUACACCUCCUACGCUGUCGACGCGCACUCUUUUUGGAAGAGCUUCCCUCAGUUCGUGCUGGUGGGCGUGCUGGGAAUGUUGAUGACGACAGUCAUGACCGCGUUCAUGGCGUACUACCUGUUCGAGUCCUCCUGGGAGCUGGGCACGUGCUGCCUGUUCGGGGUGGUGUGCUCGCCGAUAUAUCCCCUGGAGGUGGUGAGGCAGCUGCGGGAGCUGGCGAAGGGCAAGUACAUAAGCGUGUUGCUCCUGGGCGAGGGCCUCGUCGGCGACGCCACGGUCAUGAUCGAAUUCAUCUCGGUCUACGGCUUCAUGGCGAUGGCCCUGGACACGGCCUCGCAGAUAUCGCUGUUGAUCCUACGCUACGCCGGGGGAGGAGCCCUCCUGGGAGUGGUGAUGGGAAAAAUCAUCGCGACGCUAGUGUCGUUGACCUACUACGACCUGCUGUGCUGCGUCACCGUGACGCUGGCCGGAGCGUACCUCACGUACUACGUCGGCGAGAGAUACCUCUACGUGUCCGGGGUGCUCGCGACGAUCGUGGCCGGCGUGAUCGUCGGUAAGCGCAAAUCCACCGUGGCCGGCGAGGUGGAGCAGACCAUGUCGCAGUUUUGGGGGAUCCUGGCUCACUUGGCCAACACGCUGCUCUUCACGAUGGUGGGCGUUGUGAUAUUCGAGCGAGUUAGCUCCGUUAUCACCGUCCGCCAGGUGGCUCUAAUCUUCGUGACUUACACGACGGUGUACUGCUCGCGGCUGAUGAUCUACCUGGCGAUGACGCCGGUGCUGCGGCGCGUGGGGUACGGCAUGGGUUGGCCUCACUCGCUGGCGUGCGUGUGGGGCGGCCUGCGCGGCCCGCUCUCCCUCUGCCUGGCUCUGAUCGUGCUCUACACCCCGACGCUCUCGCGUGCUGGGGAGGUGUUCAUAAUACAGACGACGGGACUGGUGAUGUUAUCCCUUAUAAUCAAUGCGACGACGAUGCAGAGGCUUCUGAAGAUGCUGGGUCUGGCGGAAAUCUCGCUUGCCAAGAAGGCCAACAUGACCAAUUGCGUCCGGCGCAUCAUAUCUACUAGAGACCGCUGCAUAUCCAUGUUGAAAAUGGACAAAUUUCUAGCCGAUGCCAAUUGGGAUCUCGUGCAAUCAGGGACGACGAUCAAGCACCCGUACCAGCUGCAGAUGUCCCGGCGGGUGGAGGAGGAGGAGGACGACACGUAUAUGGGCUACCGCUACACCGUCUGCCCCGACUGCGAGCGCGAAAUACCCAACGAGCCCACCAAGAAGGAGUUCGCCGAAAUGAUGAGGGAGGCCAACCAAAGAGUUUUGAAAGCUUUAAAAAUCUCUUAUUGGCGCCAGUACGAGCACGGGAAAAUAAGCAAAGACGGCGUUAGGUUGCUCGUGCAGGCCGUCGAAAUAGCUUCCGACAUGGACGACGGCAGGAUUAACAUAGAGCAGCUCGGCCACUUGUGGAAGCCCAAGGCGUACGCGGUGUGGAUUAGGCGAAAGCUGGUCGACAUGAUGACGCCCGAGGCGGCGAACGCGCAGGUGCCGCGGCAGCAUUGGCGCCAGCGCUGCUACCGGCUCGUCGCCAACCGCUGGUUCGACCUUGCCAUCUACGCGGCCAUCCUGUGCAACACGCCCGUCGUGCUGUGCGAGGUGUUCAUGGCCGUGCCCGUUACCCUCACCGCCCUCAUCACCAUAAAGUCACUCAACUUAGUUUUCUACAUAAUUUACGUGAUCGAGAUGAUACUGAAGAUGGUGGCCUACUCGAUACGCGGCUACUUCAAGUCCCACUGGAACAAAUUGGACUUCUGCAUCAUAAUAAUGGCCACGGGGGACCUGGCGUUGGACGUGGUGGACUCGUGCACGCCUUGGGACAAGUGGACCAACCUCAACUCUAGCGUGCUGACCGCCACCAAGCUGCUACGGAUGCUGCGCUUCCUCCGCCUCUGCAAGCUCGCCAGGGUAUCGGUGCCGAAAAUAAUGUCGUACAUAGACAGAGUUAUUGACAUACAACUGGCGUUCGGAUAUGACGUGGCUAAGGGUUUCGUGACUGGAGAGCAGGAGGUGUGCUCCCUGCUGCCGCAGCUGGUGGAUAACGUCGUCAUACAGGAGACGCUCUACAACAGGCUGGAGGGUGACAGACUGGCAGUGACGCGACAACUGGGGCUGCUGCAGCGCGACCGACCCUGGACCGCCAUCACGGUGAAGACGCGCCAGGCCACCACCUCCACCCUCAACAUCAUGCUGCUCGACGCUGCUCAGCUCAAAGAAGAAGGAUUUCUGGAUGAGAUGGAGUAUCGUUCUCUCGUCAAUGCCAUACAAAGCAAAAUCCAAAUGUGUCGACACAAAGGAAGCUUGGUGGCGCCGUCGUCGCCCGAGACGCAGCUGCGUGCGGUGUCGUGGCUGCAGGGGAACCCGAGGAUAGCGGACUUCUUCAUCGAGAACUCCGAGAUACACAACUACAACAUCAACGAUAUCCUCGUAUCUAAGGGGGAGAAGCCGCGCGGUCUGUACAUCCUGGUGUCGGGGCUGUGCGAGGCGACGUACGUGCCGCCGGACGAGCCGCCGGACGACGCGCUACCCAACUACGAGUUCCUCACCGACCUCAAGUUCGCCGAGCCCCGCCAGGACUACAUCGUCUCCGGGAACGCCAUUGGGAUUAUAGGAGUGCUGACUAGCCGGCCGUACAACUACACGGUGCGGUGCGACACCACCGUGCAGGCCUACUUCAUCACGUUGCAGUCUGGAGGCGGCGAUGUGGCGGGAGAUCGGCAUCAAGCUGGCGAUGAUCAUCUUGCCGACGGUGCCCGCCUUCCACGGCUGGUCCACCGAGAAGCUCAGCAUGCGCCUCGAGCACGCCUUCGUGCCCUGCCUCAAGGCCUUCAAGGUGGACGUGUGAACUUCCAGACGUUCGUGGUGAACGAGCUGAUGGAGGACCUGGUGCUGCUGGACGGCGUGUGCCAGGACGCGGCGACGCGCGAGGUGUUCCAGCCGCCCAGCUACCUGCCGCGCACGGCGCACCGCCUGCUGUUCCCGCGCUCCUCGCAGCUGGCCGUCGGCACCGCCUGCCCCGACACGCGCCUGUUGGUGGUCGGCGCGCGCGACGCUAACGAGGUCGACAUCAUGGAGGAUGAGGUCGACGAUUUGCAGUGCGAGCUGGUAUCGAACGCGUCGUCGCGCUGCCUGUACCAUCGCGCGGCGCGUAACCUGUCCGCCGACCUGCGCACCAUCAAGAGCUCCGUGCGUGCGCGCAGGCGACGGCGCGGCGCGCGGCGCGUCAACUACCGCGACUCCGUGUGGGGGAAGAGCAGCUCGAUGAUCACGUCUCUGGCGUCGCACGACAAGGAGUCAGCCAAAUACUUCAAACCGAGUUUCCACAACGUGCCUGAGAAAGUGGAAGCUGCAGAUGAUGUUAUUCCUCGAAGGCACAUCCCCAUACCGACCACGUCCACUCCGGCGCAAAACUCUGAACACGAGAUAUACAACACAAUGUUGAACAAAGGGAAGCGCGGAUAGGGGGCAGACCGACCCUCUGCAUAGCACAAUAACUGUACUUAAAUAUCUGUAUACAGCUUAUAAUUUAUUCCAAAAAUUUUUAUUGAAUUAAUAAACGAACUCACAUGUA